AUGGUGUUGGAGAAUGCCACAAGCACUGGAAUCUACAAUAUCGUGGAUGAAGACAACAAGCCCUUCCCAGUGUACUGCGACUUUGGUUCCGAAUCUGGAGCAGCCUGGACCCUGAUUCAGUCUUGCUCCUUGCGGAACUUCUUGGACCACUUCCAAAGAAGACCCUUUUAUGCAUAUAAUAUGCCAAUGAAUCCUAAUUCACCUGGAUGGCAGAGCUACCGUCUGUCAUUACCCCGUAUGCAGUCGAUAAGGAAAACGCAUCCACUCAUUGGAGAGCAACUUGUAAUUUUCCAACAGAUGGAGUGGACUACCGAGAUUACUGGAGAGUUUCAUUGCAAAACUUGGAUUUGACUGUGGAUAAUAAAAAAGGGGAUCACUGCCUUUUUUCUGAGCAUGUCAAUGUCCGUGGUAAUGAGUGCACAAACUGUACGGUUUGGUGCAUCUACAGUUCUACAUUAGAUCUUCAUAUGGAUAGCUGGGGUGGUACUGGGGGUUGCUCUUUCAACGGUCGGCCAGGAGGAAUACGCUAUGAGGAUAACUUUGGUUACUACACUAGCCACAACCAUAAUUGUCGUUGUACCUCCUCCAUAAAUUCCAAAACACAGUUCUGGCUGGGGAGCUUUUAG